ACAGAGAGGAUUCCAGCGCUGGUGCUGCCUCCCGAAGCUCGGUGCGUCUGGCUCGCGACAUCCGCGGUCCAUCUCGCGCAGACCCGAGUCUUGGGGGAGCUCCAGAGUCCAAAUUGGGGACCUCAGUGCCCCGUGCGCAGUGGAGAUCGCCGCGGCGUUUCUGAGAUGCCCGAGAGAAAGGCGCGUCAGAACGCACCAGGGAAGCCAACGCGGGCAGAGCUACCGCCGGAGCUAGCGGCUCAGCUCAGGAAGAUUGGAGACAAAGUGCAUUGCACGUGGAGUGCAUCGGACAUAACUGCGGCUCUGGCGCAGAUGCCUGUCCAGAAGUCGCGAAAGAGCAGGAUGAGGAGCCCAAGCCCAACCGGGGUGCCAGCAGACCUGAAGGAUGAAUGCGCUCAACUCCGGAGAAUUGGAGACAAAGUGAAUUUACGGCAGAAACUUCUGAAUUUUAUUUCCAAGCUCUUCAAUUUAAUAACCUGAGUUCUUCAAAAGCUUUUGCAAGAAGGGACCUCCUAGGAAGGAAGUUCCCCCGGUUGAUGCAAAUGUCUGGUAUUGGAUGGACUGUGAUGUGAUGAGGGAAACGCUCGCUUGCUUUUGGCUCCUGGAGCAGGGAUGAUGAAGGAGACAGAAAUGAGUUUCUAUGGGAAAGUUUUCAGCAAUAGUUCUUUGAGAUGUGAUAACGUGAAACCAUGCUUAUUUUUGUUCUUAUUUUAUGUUAUUUUUUAGAGAAACAAGACUAGAAGAGUCCUGUAGCUAGGGAAGUAACUAGUGAUAUCUGUCUUUUUUUAAGAGUUGUUCUGGCGUUCUUGCCAAAGGUUGGUGUCAAGAGUAAUAGAAGGGGCAUGGCGAGUGGUUACAUUGUAUGGGGACAGUGGUUCAGGAUUGCGUUUUGACAACAAUUCCAGAACAGUGUUUACUGUUUACUUUCAUCCUCAUCAUCUUCUAAGAGGAAACAUUUCAUUUUUGAUAACACUGAAUUUUCUAGCAAAAACUGAUUUCAUAGGUCACUACAACUUAACUGGACUGUGUCUGUUUAGAUGACUUUUAAGUGUGUUACUGUAAGCAUUAACUGGGGAGUAUGGGAAGACUACCAAGUAUAACUGGGGGAAAUUAGAAGUAAGGUCAGUAGGUGCCAGUCAAACUCUUCCAGAUUGAAUAGUAUGUGAUAAAAAGAGAGUUUGGAUUUUAUAUAACCUGAGAAAAACUUAAAAACAAACUCACGUCAUUAAAACUUAGAUUCAUGAGAAGUUUGUAAAAUUUUGUAACCUGUCACAAGUAUUUCGUAGAAUUUUUUCCCCCCUUUUGAUUGUUUUUGUUUUUGGAGAUAGGGUUCCUUUCCUCUGUGUAGCCCUGGUCAUUCUGGAACUCCCUCUGUAGACCAGGCUGGCCUCGAACUCCACCUGCCUUUGCCUCCCGGGUGCUGGGAUUAAAGGCAAGUAAGUACCAGCAUUACUGGAUUUAGAGUUUCAUUUUUAAUUUGAUCUAUACAUGUGAAACUCAGACUGCUCAAUAGCGAAUCAGUUAACAGAGGUAAGAGACUUGAGUAGACAUUCCCCAAAGGUGGGUGGUCAAUGAUUACAUGAUUCAGAGAUGUAAAUGAAAACCAUCAUGAGAUGAUCUUAUACUCUCUGGGUUUGCCUGUUACUGGAAGUGAAAGCUAGCAAGCCGAGUAAGGACUUUUUGUAUAUUUUUGUUAGUACUGUAAGGUAGGACCCGUUAUUUUGUUUAAAAAAAAAAAAAAUGGCCUUGAGGCUCCUUUAGUAGCUAAGAAAUGAACCACCUUAAACCCAGCUGUCCCACUACUGAGAAAGUACACAAAGGUGUUGAUCUGUCUGCUGAAGGAACAUCUGUACUUCUGUAUUUUUUUAAAAUCUGUAUCAGCCCAGAGAUAGAAACAAGCAAUCAAGGGCUGAAAGGAUUUUAAAAGUGGGAACAGAAACAGAAUUGAGCCUUAAAAGUAUCAAAACAUGGAUGUUACAUACAACUGAACGGAUGCUGCCCUGUUCAGACCACAAGGUCUGGGUGCCUAUCAGAAGUGAUGAGAUAUGCUAAUAACUGUGUGAUCACUCCCCUGGGGUAUCCAUGUAUUGAAACUAAGCCCAUCAACAUGUUUAAUUUGUCAGAUGACUAAAACUAAAAACUGUCCAAAAAAAAAAAAAUUAAGAAAGAAUCUCAUGAUUGAGUUUCACCAGGAAUAAAUAUAUUUAUUUUUACCUAUUUAUAAUUUAAAUAUUUUUGUUUACUCUCAGCACGUGUAUCCAUUUCAUUUUUGUUUUGAGACCAUGGGAAGGGUGUCACGUGGCUUGUCACUUUGGAUGAAGUUACCUCAGUAGUUAGUGGGCUUUAGCUUUAAGGUUGUUUACUUUGAAGUUUUUUGGUUUUGUUUGUUUGAUUGUUUGUUUUCUGAAGGUAGACAUCUUGCCCAAUGGGUAUUUAUGGUCUGUAACUCUAUUUAUAUGUAUGCUUCUGAAGACUGAUACUGUAGCCUCAAUUGUUAAAUAAAGGUUGAUACUGAAGUAACUGAAAAAAAGA